UAUCCACCAAAACAAGACUUUGUUUUAGUGUAAAGUAGUAAAGGAAGCUCGUCGUUGUUCCAGUUCCAGACGACCCGCUGGCCCGACAGCCCGGAGCGGCUCUUUCUCUUUAUCCACCAGAAGACAACAAAGAUGAAUGCAGGCAGCUGGGAUGGAUCCAGCGGAAGAGCCCCCAUCGAUGUUGUGGGGUCUGGACCCGAUGUUUUCUGCCUUCACCAGGCUGUAUGUCAGAGACAUCCUGCAGAUGACAGAGUCCACACAAGUAUCAGGUAUUUACUUCUACAACUUACAUCCGAUCUAUAAAGUUGAUGUGCUUGGGACGGUGGUUUACAAGAGAGAAAGAGAAGACUUCUUCUGUUAUGGAGUGGAUGAUGGUACUGGCGUAAUAAACUGCCUGUGCUGGAAAAAUGACUUGUUUAAAGAAGAGCAGGAUCCUACUAAAUCAGGGGGUAAAACCAGUGAUGGGGCUCAGGGAGGCUUCAACCUAGUCGCUGAAGUGGAGAAGCUGAGACAGGCCCAGCAGAGCCGCUGCCGUCUGGAGAUCGGAGAGCUGCUCCGAGUCAGAGGACCGGUGAAGACGUCGAGGCAGCAGAGAGAAAUCAUGGCCUCCACCUACUAUAAAGUCAAUGACCCAGUGAUGGCAAUCCAGAUAGCGUGGAUGAUGGAGGUUCCUCAGCUCUACAGGCAGUGCUAUGACAAACCAUUCCAGCUGCAACCUAAUGCAACGGGAGACUCAGCCAUCAGUUCCCUCAGCAAGGCGACAAACACCAUCAAGGACUUCUUUAAGCAGAAGUCGGUGACCCGGUUCAGAACCUAUGAUGUUCAGGAUCUCCUGCAGCCUCUGAUCUCCAGCCAGCCUCAAACAGCAUCAGCAGACCAGGAGCCUGUGGCGGGUCCAUCUGGAUGCCAGCAACUACGCCAGCUUCUGAAGGAGGCCCUGCAAAUUUUACAGGACGAGGGUAUCGUAUACCGCAAAGUCAAAUCCCAGGAUGAAGUCUAUCAUGUGACCGCACAUGACAAAGAUCUACUCAUAGCUGUCAAAGACAUUAUCAGAGAGGACUCAAAGAGAGAGAAGUAUGCAGAGAAGGGUUGCCACAUCCUGCACAUCCUGUCUGCAGUCAGGCAGCGCUACAGCCUCAACGUGAGCAAGGCGGCACUGGAGCUGGUCCUCAAAUCACUGGAGUGCAACAGUGACAUCGUCAGCACCAGCGACAGCCAUUACACUGCGUUUUAACUCCAGCACGGUGGGGUCGGAAGCCCAGCAUUACUGGAUAUACUAUGUGUAGUAUAGCUUAUUGCUCCAAAAUGUGAGCGUCCAAUACGUUUAUGUAAAUCAUGCCAUCUGUAUUCUUUUAUUCAUCAUGACUGUUGUCAAAGUGUGGCAGUUGCCGAGAGUUUAUUUCUUAUAUUUGUAUUUUGAAUUACUACUGCGUGUUAGUGUGCUAUGGUUAAAUAUUACGUUUUAUAUAAAUGUUUGCCUUAUAAAAUUAAGCCAUGCCUAAGGAAAUGGACAUCAGGGAAGCGUUCAGGAACACUUUGCAUUCCACUGUUGUAAAUAUGUAUGAUAUGUAUAAAUAUCAGACCAGGCAACAAACACAAGGCUCAUGCAUGGCUGGAUUAACCCUCUAGGGGGUCCUGGGGUACAUAAUUGGCUCCUGGGUCACCAAUUUGCAUAUGGUAAUAAUAAUAAUAAUAAUAAUAAUAAUAAUAAUAAUAAAAGAAUAAAUAAA